GAGAAAUCUGCAGACAGAAAAGUUGCUCCCCUUUCUCCCUGCCUUCGUUAGAGCCGGGUGGGUGCCAGUGGAGGCUGAGCGCCAUGGCCGUGCCACUGGGGCUGCUGCUGGCCCUGCUGGGCUGCACCACGGCGCUGGAUCCUGCCCUGGAGGAGGCCUGGGAAGGGUGGAAGAGCCUCCAUGCCAAGGAGUACCUAGGGGAGGCCGAGGCCGCCCGCAGGGAGGUCUGGGAGGAAAACCUGCGGCGCAUCCAGCAGCACAACUGGGAAGAGUCGCAGGGGCAGCACGCCUUCCGCCUGGCCAUGAACCACUACGGGGACCUGACAGACAAGGAGUUUAACUCGCUCCUGAACGGCUUCACCCCGGAGCAGCGGGAGGAGCCGGUGCCACUCUUCCAGGCUUCAGCAGCCCUGAAGACCCCAUCGGAGGUGGACUGGCGAGCGAAGGGCUACGUCACGCCCGUGAAGAACCAGGGGCACUGCGGGUCGUGCUGGGCGUUCAGUGCCACAGGGGCCUUGGAGGGGCUCGUCUUCAACCGGACAGGGAAGCUGGUGGUGCUGAGCGAGCAGAACCUCAUCGACUGCUCCCGAAAUCUGGGCAACAACGCUGCCACCCGCUUCCCCUUCCACUUCUACAAGUCGGGCAUCUUCAGCACGUUUUGCAGCCAGCGGGUGAACCACGGGAUGCUGGCUGUGGGCUACGGCACGAGCCAGGACCAUGGGCGCAACGUGAGCUACUGGAUCUUAAAGAACAGCUGGUCGGAGGUGUGGGGCGAGCAGGGCUACAUCCGCCUGCUGAAGGGUGCCGACAACCCGUGCGGGGUGGCCAACCAGGCCAGCUUCCCCGUGCUGUGAGCCAGGGCUGCGGUGGGAGAGGACAUCCCUCCCUUCCUCCCUCCCUGGGCAUCUCUCCCAGCCCUGGCUGUGGAUCCAGGGCUCUUUCCUUCUGGAAAAGGGCUUUUGUUUGUGUGCGGUGAGAAGCAAUUAAAAACGGCACAGCUAAUUGCUCCGCGCCUGCAAAUGGUGGCCAGGCAGGGUUUGGUGGCUGAGGCACGGCCGAUGCAGCCGGUCCUUUUCCUGGUGGGAAAGGCCAAGCUCCGUCUGCACGAGGCUCCUUCUCCGUGCCUUUCCUCCCGCCU